AGUCUUUGCUCAGCUGUCAAUAUAAAACAGAAUUCGGUCAAGAAAAAAAGAGCAUUUUUCCUUUCACUUUCCUACACCACGGAUUCACCUUGUGAUGGAGGGCUACGUUAAAUUCUUGCUUCUUCUCUGCCUCGGUUUGGCGAGAGGCUAUAAUAAUUACGAUUUGCGUCUAGCUGGAACGGGGAGUACCCCCAGUCAAGGUCGCUUGGAGGUGUAUUACGAGGGUGGAUGGGGGACCGUGUGUGACGAUUUGUGGGACCAGCAAAAUGUUGAUGUAGUCUGCAGGCAGCUCGACUACUCAAAUGGAGCUCAAGGCGGUUACUCACCGAAAGCUCGGAUAUUUGGACCCGGAUCCGGAAGGAUCCUUUUGGACGAUGUUAGCUGCACAGGCGAGGAAUCCUCCAUUGCUGACUGUCCUCACAAAACCGUUGGUACACACAAUUGUCGACAUUCGGAGGAUGUCGGUGUCAUAUGCACUUAUGAAAUUCGACUAGCUGGAACAGGGAGUACAUCCAGUCAAGGUCGCGUUGAGUUGUAUGCCGGGCAAUGGGGGACAGUCUGCGAUGAUUAUUGGGGUCAGGAAGAUGCUGACGUUGUCUGCAGGCAGCUUGGGUUCUCUGGUGCACUUGAUUAUACCAUACGAGCGGCUACAUUUGGACCAGGAACUGGACCGAUUUACCUGGAUAAUGUGAGGUGCACUGGCACGGAAACUUCAAUCUCUAAGUGCAGAAGGAACGCUUGGGGAAUAAAUGAUUGUCAACAUAGAGAGGAUGCCGGAGUCGUCUGCAUUCCUGGUAUUCGUCUCGGAGGUUCUUCCAAGAAGAAUGAGACCCUAGGAUGGGGCGUUGUUGAGAUAAUGAGCAAAGGUGAAUGGGGUACAAUCUGUGGAGCAGGGUGGACUCAGGAGGACGCCAAUGUAGCUUGCAGACAGCUUGGCUUUUCUGGACCAGCCUUUUACUACUUCUCUGAUCGUAAGUUCUUUGGAGCUGGAUCUGGGGACAUUUUGUUCUCCGAUGUCGCGUGUACAGGAGAUGAGGAUUCAAUCAUUGACUGCCCAUCCAGUUCGACUGUAAAUGUAGACCCUACCUGCACCCAUGAUCAAGACGCAGAGGUUCUAUGUCUUGGAGCUUAUGAAGGUCCAGUGGUUCGACUUGGUGGAAGCAAUAGUGAUGAGAGCAAAGGAUGGGGUACAGUUGAGGUUUACAGGAAUGGUGAAUGGGGGACCAUCUGUAACAGUGGAUGGACACAAGAGGAUGCCAACGUCGUCUGCAACCAACUCGGCUUUCCCGAUGAUGCAUUCUACAACCUUCCUGACUAUGACUUUUUUGGACCUGGUUCUGGAUCCGUUGUGCUCACCGAGGUCGCCUGCACGGGCGAUGAGUCCUCUGUCCUGGACUGCCCAUCAUCUACUGCCGAUGGAUCUAACUCGCAGUGCGAUCAUGACCAAGACGUCGAGGUCUUGUGCACGCCCGCAACAGGCGCCAGACUUAACCAACUGAUACCGUUGUUGAAGAAAGGAGACAUGAAACAGCAAGAAGAAAAGACGGCCGAUCUGGAAAUGCAGCUAAGGGAGGCUGAUGAGAAAAAGAGCGCUGACCUGAGGGAGAAAGAUGUCGUCGAAGCCCUUGUCAAUCUACUGUCAAAACUCAAGCAGAAGUAGACUUAACGACGAUAUAACCAUGACAACGGAUGUACUCAACUGGUGAACUGGUGGUGGCUUGUUAUAAGGAUGAGAUUUUUAAAACCCUUUCCUGUUAAAUAGCGUUUACAAAUUGUCUUUUUAUCGUCAUGUCAAAGUAUAUAGGAAUGAUGACAGUUUAAUCAUGGAAAAUUAAAACGAGGGACAUGGCGAAAGACUGUGAAAAAGGGAAGAUCCCUCUCGCAAAAGAUACGACAAAAAAAUCAUAAUAUGGCUUCUAUUUUGAUUCCAUAUGCCAGUGUUGUUUUAGAACAUGGCCAAAACCGUAUAAAUUGUCCAAUAUUUUACAAAUAACCUACAGAUCGCCUCACACAAUGUCAAAAGGAUAUUAUUCAUAUACGUACGUCAAUGUAGAAGCAUAAAGCAAAAUUAAACAACAACAACAAAACAGCCCAGUGUCGCCUGACCUGGUAAUAGGGGACUUAUUUACGAUGGUAGUUUGUAGAACCAUGAAAGGUGCUUAAUUACUAUCCAUGCGCAUGCUUUCGCACUCCAUCUUUGUGAUUUCUAGUGAAACAAAUUGUGUUAUCGUCAUCCCAGGGACUUGUUAGUGACUACCAUUAUUUCCCUGGUAAUCCAGUCUACAGUCGUUAAUCGUAUUAAAUCGUAAGCUCACUCUUCUAACUUUUGAGAUUAAAUUUCGUAACGGUUUGACUAAUCCAAAUUUUCUAUAUCUGCUGUAAUCAAAACUCUUUAAAAUCAAAUUGUCUUCAAAAUAGAUGCUCCCACCCCAGUUUCCAAUAUCAUUACUUGUUUUCUUUUUUUAAUUCACCCCGGGCAGACACACUGUUAAAACUGUGGUGUUAAGACUGACAUCAUUUGAUGUGAAUAGAGGACCACACCCUGAGGUGUUAAAAUUACACCCUAGAUAUUGAACAUAACACCAAAGAGUGCAAAUCAUAUGGUUCUGUAUAAAACCUGGAGGUGUUAAACUAACAUUGUCAAUUCAACACCGGUGUAAAAUAACUGGUGUUUUCCUCUAUGUACACCAGUUAACACCACAGUUUUUGCUGUUGCAAGGUCGUAUAAUUUUUCUGGUAUAUAUUUUCAGCAAUUGACGAUAUUUUAAACUUUCUAUUAAAACAUGAUAAUGCAAAAGUUUAGUC